UUGACUUUUAAUAAAAUUAAGAAAAGGAAAUUUUUGUGUUGACAUUUCAAAACUAUCUUUGAUAUGAUGGUUAAAAGUAGGAUGUGAUAAAUAGAUAAUAAGUAAAAAGAUAUGAUAGGUAGGAAGGGAAAACAACUGAGACGAAAGCGAAGAAAAGCAGAGGUUAGAGAAUCUGAGAUCGAGUGCAAUUCUGAGUCAAUGGACUCUGCAGUAGUGGAUAGAAUCAUAGAGAAGCUAACGGAGGUCCGAUCUUCUAAGCCCGGAAAGCUGGUUCAACUCACUGAGUCAGAAAUCAAGCAGCUCUGUGCCGCCUCCCGAGACAUAUUCAUCAAACAGCCCAAUCUUCUUGAACUCGAAGCACCCAUCAAAAUCUGCGGUGACAUUCAUGGUCAGUACAGUGACCUAUUACGCCUUUUUGAAUACGGAGGCUUUCCUCCCAAUGCAAACUAUCUGUUUUUAGGGGACUAUGUUGACCGUGGCAAACAGAGUUUGGAAACCAUAUGCCUCUUGCUUGCCUACAAAAUCAAAUACCCAGAAAAUUUCUUUCUUCUAAGAGGGAACCAUGAAUGCGCUUCCAUCAACAGGAUUUAUGGAUUUUAUGAUGAAUGUAAACGCAGGUUUAAUGUAAGACUAUGGAAAGCCUUUACUGACUGUUUUAACUGUCUCCCGGUGGCGGCUCUUGUUGAUGAUAAAAUACUGUGCAUGCAUGGAGGCUUAUCCCCUGACCUAUCAAACUUGGACCAAAUUAGAAACUUGCCCCGUCCAACAGCUAUUCCAGACACGGGUUUGCUUUGUGAUUUGCUUUGGUCCGACCCGGGUAAAGAUGUGAAGGGGUGGGGGAUGAAUGAUAGAGGAGUUUCUUUUACCUUUGGACCGGACAAAGUGUCCGAGUUUUUAGCAAAGCACGAUUUGGAUCUUGUUUGCCGGGCCCAUCAAGUAGUAGAGGAUGGGUAUGAAUUCUUUGCUGACAGGCAGCUUGUCACCAUCUUUUCGGCACCAAACUAUUGUGGGGAAUUUGAUAACGCCGGUGCCAUGAUGAGCGUCGAUGAGAAUUUGAUGUGCUCUUUUCAGAUUCUUAAACCCGCCGAGAAGAAAAAUAAAUUUAUGGCAUCAUCACAAAUGUGAUUUCAUUCACUAUUAGUAUUCGCCUGAAAUUUACGAAAGUUGUAAACAUUUUAUCCUUAAAAGAGAAAAAGCGCAAUUUAUCGACGGAUUGGUAUAGUACAACACAAUCAGAGAAGAUCUAUACGGUUUGGAAAAUCAAACCAAACCGUCUCUUUUCCUUGCCCACGGCCAAUUGCUUGGAUGGACCAACAACAACAUAGAGACAUAUUUCCUAUUUCCAUGUUACGAAAAUCAUUAUUGUUUUAUUCGCUCUCUUCUCUAAUAUAAUCUUAGUUUUGUGUCUCAGAGAUGUCAUUUAUUAUUUGUAUUUUUCAAGGUUAGGACCAUUGUACAUUUUGAAAUUUGUACUCUUGUUCCUAAGCGCUCUAUUUUUUAUACUCCGUUUUCACUUAGCACGACGGUUGACGGACAUAUAAGCAAUGACUUGAAAACCAU